CAGCGCGAGGAGCUGCCGCCAUGCCCGCCCACCUGCAAUGGAUGACCGUGCGGAACUGCUCCAGCUUCCUGGUCAAGAGGAGCAAGCAGACCUACAGCACCGAGCCCAGUAACCUGAAGGCCCGCCACUCCCUUCGCCACAACGGCCUGACCCACCGCAAGGCGGUGGGCAUGGAGCCGGCCCCCGACGGGAACGCGCGGGCCGCGCUGAGCAGCAUCCGGCGCACGAUCCGCAAGAACAAGCACCGCCCGGGCCUGCGCAUGGCCGCCGUCCGCCGGGCCAGCGCCAUCCUGCGCAGCCACCCCACCAAGAGCUCCUGA